AUGACGCUAUUAGAACUUCCUACUGAGUUAAUCCUGCUCAUUGCACUCUCCCUCCCUGAAAGCGCUCUUGCCCAGCUACUACAAGUUCAUCGCUCCCUUUACAAACUUCUCCUCCCGAAUCUUUACCAGCGUCAUCUACGAGAUAGUAAACUUCAAGAAGGGCUCUUCUGGUGCACUGCCACGGGCAAUGAAGCAGCUGUCAAGAAAUUCCUUUACUACGGGGCAGACGUGAACGCCUCCAUGGGCAUACUUUCAAUUCGUCAUGCAAAAAUACCUUUCCAGCCGUGGUUAGAUGUGCAGACACCCCUGAAUAUAGCAGCAAACACAGGAAAUGAUACAAUCGUUGCCUUACUGCUAAGCCAUAGGGCGAACGUUUAUGGAUUCUCUUCCCGUUACUGGGGCACAAGCCAACCAGCUAUAGUAGAUGCCCUGUUAUCGGGCCAUGAGAGCACGGUCCGGCUUUUAUUAUUGCAUGGGUCACCUAUCCAUGAGCCUGGCAUGGAGCAGGGCGGGUUGGUCAACUGCGCAAUAUCCAGGGGGCAAAUUUCUCUUCUCAAAUUGUUAGUUGAGUUCAAGGCUGAUCUCAAUAUUCCCUCGCAGGGAAGUUAUCCUUUGAACAGAGCUGUAUCGUUUCGCAAUCUCUCAACAGACAUAGUUCAGUUCCUGCUGGAUAAUGGCGCAGAUAUAGGUUUAGCGGAUGGUCAUCCUGGUCUCCUGUUAAACCAAGCGAUUUAUGGCACAAUUGAUACUUUGCGCCUAUUGCUUGACCGUGGAGCAACCUAUCCACCAGAUGAUUUGGAGAGGUGGCUCGAGAUAUUAUUUGAUAGGUGUACAGUCGAGACGGUGCAUCUGUUGAUCGAAUACGGUUAUGCGCCGAACAUCGAGAUGCUGUCGAUUGCGGUAAGGGCUCGGCGGGGAGAUAUCCUACAGCUCUUCAUUGACAGCGGUGUGGAUCUAAAUAUGAGAGACACGAGAGGGUUUACUCUUCUCCACACGGCCAUCGUUCGCUGUAUACCCCGAGACCCGCCAAUUAGAAUCGGCGGCAGGAGCACGCGGGUAUCACCUACUUGCAUGAGUGACAAGGUUGAAAAGGAUGCCCCGGAGGAAAUCGUGCGCCGCCUGAUCCGCGGGGGGGGCAGACCUCAAUGCCCUGGACGCGCGGGGGCGCACCCCGCUGGCUCUCGCCAGCGAAUGUCCUCCGGCGAUACAGCAGAUGCUUGUCGAUAA